AUGGCGUCCGGCCACGAAGUCCAAGUCAAGCUCUCCUCCGCCCGCGACCUCAAGAACGUCAACUGGCGAAACGGCCCAGUGAAGCCGUACGCCGUCGUAUGGGUCGACCCCAAUAACAAGUACUCCACCAGGGUCGACGAGGAGGGUGACACGUCACCUUACUGGGACGAGACGCUCACCAUCCCUCUACCGGGUCCUGUCGACGGCGACACCACGCUCUACAUCGACGUCGUGCACGCCGGAUCCGACCCGGACACCAAGCCACUGAUCGGGUCUGCCAGGCUCAAACUCCGCGAAGUCGUCGAUGACGUGGGCUUCGACGAGCGCGCCAGCCGCACUCUGCAGCUCAAGCGACCCUCUGGCAGGCCCCAGGGCAAAGUUGACGUUAAGGUUACUAUUAGGGAGCCGCGCUACCGUCCGCCGGAGCCGUACUACGCUCAGCCUUAUGGGGUCCCACCAGCGGGGUCGCGAGAUUAUCCUGCUCCGCCGCCGGCGUAUGGCGCACCGUACGCCGCACCCCCACCGCCGCUGACGUAUGGAGCACCAUACGCCACACCUGCACCGCCGCCUCCGCGCGAUUACUACGCGGCCCCACCUUCUGGGUACCCGUACAGUGCGUACAAUGCUCCUCCAGCGCCGUACGGUCAGCCAGCUCAGGGGAGUUCUGGUCAGGCGGGGUAUGGACAGGAGGAGAAGAAGAAGAGUAAGUUUGGUGGGAUGGGGACUGGAUUGGCUGUGGGCGCGGUGGCGGGGGUUCUUGGUGGAGUCGCAUUGGCGGAGGGCUUUGAUUACGUGGAGGACAAAAUUGAGGAUGACGUGGCGGAGAGAGUGGAAGAUGAUAUUGGGUACGACGAUGGGGAUGACUUCUAG